UUUUGGACACGAAGGCAGUAAACUCUUGUGUUUAAUAGUGAGGUCGACUAACAUCCAUUGAUUAAUUUGAUGCAUUGUCUGCUCCGUCCACAGUGCCCGCCCCAUUUGGCUUCUACGUGGGCAGAUAGUGGGAGAUUGAUCACAUCUCCGGGAUUUGCCGUGGAGACACAGCACACGGGCGGACUCAGAUUUGCUCUCUUUAACAUCCGGGCAGAAAACACUAAAACGGACUUAAUUCAGUUUCUAAAUAGUCAUUUCACGUCCCCGUGGAGUGUCCCGAAUAGUCGUGGCAAGACUCGGGUUUGAGUACGUUGGAGCUCCUCCGCAGUAGUUCGUGGAUGUGUGGCGGCAGCACGCCGGGGAGUGGGUUGGGUCGCCCGGGUUGCCUGGCGCACAUCCUCGGUGAUUAGACGCCAAAAGGUGAGCGGAAGAAAAGACCCCAAUAAAGGAGGUUGUGGUGCUUGUGGACGACGUCGUGGGAGGCGAGAGCACCUUGCGAGGAUUUGUCUCGUCAAGACCAGCCGAGCGGGAUUCGCCUUUCUUCCUUCCUCUCUUUUUCCGGGUCUGGAGGAGCGCUCGUCCAAACAGGAAGCGGACAUCGCUGGGGUGGCUCAGCCGGGCGAGGCGCGAUGGCAACCGGUGUGCUCUUUGUCGCCUUAGCGCUGCUUGCAGGUGCCGCCGUGGCCCAGAGAGUGGUGACGGUGCAGAGCGGGCCGCUCAUCCGCACCGAAGGCUCCCACGUGACCAUCUGGUGCAACGUGACGGGCUACAAGGAAGGCAUAGAGCAGGACUUCGAGUGGUCCAUGUACCUGCCGACGGCGCCGGACCGGGAGAUCCGCAUCGUGAGCACGGCCCAGCCCAACUACGCCUACGCCGUCUACGGCCAGAGAGUGAACAGCAAAGAUAUUUACGUGGAGAGGCUGAGUCGAGACUCGGCCCUGCUGCACAUCACUAAAGUGCAGGCCAAAGACCAGGGCCUGUUUGAGUGUUACACGCCCAACACGGACGGUCGCUACCUGGGCUCUUACAGCGCACGCACCAAUCUCACCGUCAUUGCAGACUCGCUGACAGUAACGGCGCCGGCCCAGACUCUGUCCAAAGUGGAAGGUGACACCCUGCAACUCAACUGCGAAGUGUCCAGGACCACAACGCAACACACGCACUUGUCGGUCGGGUGGUACCUGAGGGCCCCGGAUGACACCACACCCCCACCGCAAGAGCUGCUCACCCUGUCAAAAGACUUUGUUCUACGCUCCGGGGGUCCGUACCGUCAGAGGAUGGCGGCAGGUGACCUGAGAUUGGACAAAACCAGCGCCACGUCCUACCGACUCACCAUCCAUAAACUGCAGCCGGUGGACCAGGGUCUUCUCUACUGCCAGGCCGCCGAAUGGAUUCAGGACCCGGACGGCACCUGGUUUGCUAUGACCCGCAAGCAGAGCGACAAGACUCAGCUCCGCGUUCAGCCCACCGAUCGUGACUUCAGCAUCCAGGUGAGCACGGAGCGACGGCCCUUCACGGCCGGUGAGCCGCUGGAACUCCGCUGCGCCAUCGAGGCGCAGAACGUCCCCGAGCGCUUCUUCUCGGUGUCGUGGGUCUUCAGCAGCUCACCGGUGGCCGUGGUGGGCCCCGGCGCCGUGCCUCUCCUGGGCCCCGACUACGUGGCCCGCGAGGCCGCCGGCCACAUGACGGUGCGCAAGGAGAGCGACAACGUGCACCUCCUCAAACUGCAGCACCUGCGCGUCGAGGACGCCGGCAAAUACAUCUGUCGGGUAACGGAGCGGGAAAAGACCCCCACGGGAGACUUCAUCGACCGCAGCAAGAGGUCCCGCAAUGUUCAGAUCACAGUGCAGCCGCUCAAGAGCAACAUCACCGUCUUGUUGUCAAGCAACUCCUCCGAAGUCCUGGAGGGCAACGUGAUACAACUGACCUGCAUGGUCCACUCCACCACCGGCCCGCUGUCCGUGGUCUGGAGUUGGACGGACAAGCAGGGGAACGGUCCGGCCCAGGAGCUAGCCGCUUUGGAUCGGGACGGCAAAGUGCGGCACGGCGAUGCCUACAAGGAGCGCUCCAGCUACGGCGAAAUCCGCGUGGAGAGGUUACGGGCCGACACGUUCUCGCUGUCCGUGUACAACGCCUUGCCCGAUGAUGAGGGCUCGUACAGCUGCACUGUAACGGAGUGGUUUCAGACGGGAACUGAACCGGAGCUGACCUGGGGAAAGAUCGGAGACAAGUCGGCCACAGAGACGAUCACCGUCAAAACCGUUGAAUCCUCCUUCAUGGUCUCAGCCUCAUCACGGACUCCCUCUGUGACCUUUGGAGACUCCUUCGACCUCCUGUGCUUGGUCAAACCGCGUCACAACCCCCGCGUCCCCACCUCGGUCACCUGGCGCUUCAUACCGGCUGGCACGGAGGCGACCGACGAGGGAGAGUUCAAGGAGCUGGUGACUUUCACCCGGGAGGGUACGCUGAAGUGGGGGGAGCAGCUGCUCGGCCUGGGCACCCGCACCACGGUGGACCGCUCUCAUUCCAACACCAACUUCUGGCUGUCGGUGACACGGGCGGGGCGGCGCGAGGCCGGCAAGUACCAAUGCACCGCCGUCCUGUGGAGGAAGAACUACGACAACAGCUGGAGCAGAGUAGCCAACCGCACGUCCAACCUGCUCGGAAUCAGCGUCCUGCAACCAGAGAGUAAACUCCGAAUACAAAAGACCAACCAGUCUCUGGUCAACCUGGAAGACAGUCGGGUCAGGAUCAAUUGCUCCAUCGCCUCCCAGAGCAGCCAGGACUCCCAGCAUGCCGUGCUGUGGUACGUGAGACGAGCCACGGGGUCGGAGACCGACGAGCUCCUGCUCAGGAUCGAGCGAUCGGGCGCCCUGGAGUACGGCACGUACGCCGACGAGGAGAGGCUCCGGCGCCGCGUGCAGGCCGAGAGGCUUUCGCCACGACUGUACGCCCUGACGCUGAACAGGGCGGAGAGCAGCGACUCGGGGACGUACUACUGCCUGGUGGAGGAGUGGCUCAGCGACCCCGAUGGGACCUGGUAUCGCCUCUCUCGGGACACGUCCGGGUUCACGGAGGUUCUGGUUCGACAGCCAGAGGCUCGACUGCAAGUCGAGGAGACAGACUCAAACGUGACCGUGCCGGAGUCCGGAUCCAUCCGCCUGGGCUGCAGCAUUCCGUCCCAGUCGUCCCGAGACUCCCGUUUCUCCGUGUCUUGGUACGUCGAGCGCUCCGAUGACGAAUAUGAAGAGCUGCAGCCGGGAGAAGAAGAGCGUAGCGAGCGGGCGUGCGUGUUCUCCAUUGGACAUGACGCCAUUUUCGGGAAUGGAAACUGCAGCCCCAGAGAGGAGGCGGGACCAAACUCCCGGCUCCAGUUUGAGAGGACCACGUCGGAUCAGUACAGCCUGACCAUUCAGGGAGCUCGGCCCACCGACACGGGUCGCUACUACUGUCACGUGGAGGAAUGGCUGCUCAACCCUCGCAAUGCUUGGUACCGCCUGGCGACCAACAAUUCGGGCAUCAUUACGGUCAAUGUGCUGCAACAAGAGUCCACCGUCAAGUCGGUGGUGUGCUCCAACGACGCUCUCUUCUACUUCGUCUUCUUCUACCCGUUCCCCAUCUUCGGCAUCCUCCUCAUCGCCUUGCUGCUGGUGCGCUUCAGGAGCCGCAACAACAACAAGAGCCAGGAGGGCAAGAACGGAGCCCCCCUCCUUUGGAUUAAAGAACCGCACCUCAGCUACUCGCCCACCUGUCUGGAUCCACCGGCGCUCAGCCUGCACCCCGGCUCUGUGGACUAAGAAUGGGGUUGAUGCCCGAGUCGCUGCACGCCACUGAUCCAGUCGACACGAGGAGCAUCAGGACUCCGCUUGCUGUCUUGAUCCAUCGGUCCAUCGGCUGCCUGUGUGUGUGUGUGUGUGUGUGUGUGUGUGUGUGUGUGUGUACGUGUGUGUGUGUGUGCAAGAGCAGUGUUAUCUUGGGCCUCAUUUGUGUCUCUUUUUUUUUUUUUUUUAAUUACCCCGAAUAUUGGUCUAUUUUUCAAAAAGGACCUUUAGGAGAAGGAACUCGGGCAUUGAUUGGACGCCCAAAAAAAGCCUCCACAGUCCAAUCCAAGAGCACCCACUUCGCCGGUUGCCAUAGCGAUGCUCCGAGGAGACCACUGACUCCAUAGCUGAUGACUUGGCAGCCUGCGUGGAGACAAAGGAAAGGUCCACCUGGUCCCACUAUGAAUUUGGCCCACAGAAGAAAGUCCUGGAGCGCCACUCCAACACUGCCAGACAGACGGACUUCUGUACCGCCCCCCGCUCUCACCCCCCUUUUUGGAGACCACGGAGAAACAUAUUUCCUUUUCUGUCCUCCACGUUUCCACAAAAGAUGGCGGGGUUGUAAAUACCUCCUUUUUCAUUUGCUCAAGGGAGUCGACUGAAAUUGAAAUAUCACACAUUUCUUUUCAUUUAUUGUUAUUUUAUCUUUAAAAGACGACUAGUGUGUAAAAUUGUAAAAUAACUAAAUGGGCCCACUGUUAUGAUAUUAUAUUGGUAUCAAUCAUACCAAACUGGGUAUUCCUUAUUGGUAUUGCUCACCUCUAAAGUCAACCAGUUUUUUUAUGCCAACACAGAAAAUGUGCUAAUAACCGUAGAAGAGGAAACAUACCAUGAGUCAUGUGGUCUGUCCCAGCUGCUCAGUAUAAAAAGCCAACAGACAUAAUACAAUAAUAAAAUCAUCUACAAUAAUAGAAGAACACGAUACACCACAAAGGGAGGGCCGCAUUUAUUGGAAACAUGUUUGAUUUCCAUAAAGAUUGCUUUGACUGAGCAUUUUUUUUUAAUUUAUCUGUGCCAAGUCGUCAUUUCCACACAAAAAGAGAGGUCGCGUUGUAAAUAUUUCCUGCUGCGAUCGUUUCAGCUGCUCUGAAAAUCAAAUCUCACACAUUUCAAUAAUUUAAUAAUAAUUUGGGCGUUUUGUCUUGAAAGAUAACUAGUGUGUAGAUACUGUUGUGUAGUAAAACACACACGGUACGGUGCCGAGUAUGUGACUGUGAGCAAGUGUGGUUUUUUUUUUUCUAUUUAUUGUUUUAUACUUUUUGAUUUAUUUUAGUUUGUUUUGGUUUAAAAAUGGUCAACUUCACCCAACAGAUGAUGCUCCGUGUUGUUGGAGAUGUUCCAUUUCCUAGCGAAUGAUUGAAGGUUCGAUGCUGUUAUGAUGAAAUGAUGAAUACGACUGUGGCUUGACGUGUAACGUUCCAAAAACAACAAUAAAAAGGUUUUGCUUAUUCUUUUGUGGCACCACUCCUCGACGGGAUUUUUAUACCGAAAGUGGCAAAGGGUUGAACAUUUGCAUCACCUUGCCUAGAAUGCAGAAGACGGGACAGCACCCUUUCACUGCCAGACUGGACCUUCAAAAAAAAAAAAAAAAAAAAAACUGAUAUCCCAGUCGUGUCAACAUGUAUAAUAUUG